GACCAACACGACGCCGAGGCAGGCAGUUGCUACGACCACUGGCAAACAGUGAAACCAGAGACUGUGACAUCAUUGCCGCAACAUUUGAACUCGGGACACUUCGUGCGGAUAUCCAUUCAUAUCUGGAACUGUAUCUGCGUACACUUAACAGCGUUUACUCCAGUAGAAGAUACUAUAGUGGAGGAUUUCUUUCUUUUUUUUUUUUUUUUUUUCAACAUUUUUGAGGAUAAUUCCAAGAGAAGAUGCCUGCCGAUAUCAUGGAAAAAAACUCCUCUUCUCCGGUGGCCGCGACUCCGGCAAGCAUGAAUACUACACCUGAUAAACCCAAAACGGCUUCAGAACACAGAAAGUCUUCUAAACCCAUUAUGGAGAAAAGAAGAAGAGCCAGAAUCAACGAAAGCUUGGGGCAGCUGAAAACGUUAAUCUUGGAUGCUCUCAAAAAAGAUAGCUCUAGACACUCAAAACUUGAGAAGGCGGACAUCCUGGAGAUGACAGUGAAACAUCUUAGAAACAUGCAGCGUGCCCAAAUGACUGCUGCCCUUAACUCGGAUCCCACCGUUCUUGGGAAAUACAGAGCUGGAUUCAGCGAGUGCAUGAACGAGGUGACACGGUUCCUCUCCACCUGCGAAGGGGUUAACACCGAGGUCAGGACCCGGCUGCUGGGUCACUUGGCCAGCUGCAUGACACAAAUCAACGCAAUGAACUAUCCAACACAGCACCAGAUACCUGCCGGGCAUCCUCAUCCAACCUUCAACCAGCCCAUGGUUCAGAUCCCAAGCGCGGCUCAGCAAGCCAACGUGGUGCCCCUAAGCGGAGUCCCCUGCAAAAGUGGGUCUUCCUCCAACCUGACUUCUGAGGCAACUAAAGUAUACGGAGGUUUCCAGCUUGUGCCAGCAACAGACGGACAGUUCGCCUUUUUGAUCCCCAACGCUGCCUUUGCUCCGAACGGCCCUGUUAUUCCAGUGUACGCCAACAAUUCCAGCACACCGGUUCCAGUGGCCGUGUCUCCAGGCGCACAGUCCAUCACAUCAGAUUCCGUUUGGCGGCCUUGGUAGACUUUAAUGGCAGAAAAAAAAAUAAAAAAAUAAAAAAAAUAAAAAAUAAAUAAAUAAAUAAAUAAUAAUAAAAAAAAAAAAAAAAAAAAUACAAA